UCCGAAAUUAUCAUACAAAAUGUCAUUCGUCUACCCCUCAAUGUGGACUCCAUCGCUACGGCCUUCAGCAAAUGCCUUCACAGUACUUUAUUCAAUCAUGGGAAUUGCAAGGAAAGUGCAGCUCAACAUUCGCGCUGACCGUAUUAAUAUUUUAGAGGGGUUUCAUUGGUUGCAAUGCAUGCUUACGGAGGCGGGUUUUAGUGAAAGGUAUUCUUGUCGCUAUCGGAUUCGUUACAAUGAGUCUGCAUGUGUGACUUAAUUGGCUACCCCAUUUGUCAAUCUAAAACAUUCGGACUAAAUUGGAUCGUGUUGGUCUCCUGGGCUGUCAAUCAAACACUGUCUAGAAAUGUGUUUAGGAAGAUGUUGAGUAGACGAAUUCGCUUGAUUGGUCCGAUCUAAAUGUUUAAGGGCGGAUCUUACCCACUGUGUAGAACUUGUGGAUUCACCCACAUCCCUAAUGUUCAUAGAUCUAUCGAUUUGUUUAACUAAUUGGCUUAUGUGAAAGUGACAAUUCCUCUAUAUUUCAUUUGCAGUACAGAGAUGCUGCCUGCAUAUUUACAAGGUUAUCAUAUUAUUUAUUCCUUAAAAUAAUUCGUUGUCGGUCCCUCCACCUAUUUCCACGCCCCCUACAUUCCUGUCGGUCUGGGCUAGUGGUGGCGAACGAACUGCAUUAAGGAAAAGAGGAGGAAAGUCAUUUGAACUGUACGCCAAGGAAAUAAACAAGACGCAACAAGGAACACUGUAUGGUGUAUGCUGCAUACCGUAUACGUUGUCAUUUGGAGUAAAGCUUUUGGACGGUGGCAAUACGGCGUUGCAACGGAGGAGCAACUCCGUCUCGCUCUCACAAGUUUUAGUAACUUCUCAUAAACGGAUAAGAAAUAGUUGACAACAUUUUGCUAUUGAUAACUCUACAAAGGAGUAUUUUUCUCCAUCUCCGCUACAAGAAAGUAUCAUUCAAGGACCAAUAGAGGUGGUUUUGGUGCAUCUAGGGCGCAUCGUGAGUCAGACAGCGUUAAAGGUCGUGAAGGAUGGAAAUAUUGGACAGUAGUGAGUCAUUUUUACAUUGGGAUCGGAAUUUGAGCGAGCUGUCUGAAGGCGGAGAGAGCGACAAUGUGUUGUUUAGCACCCACUUCACGGGGCUCCUGGAUGACCUGUCCCAGGAUGCCUUGCUGGGCCAGCUGCUGAGCGACCCCUUCCUGUCCGGCCGGGGGGGCGAGGCCAUGGAAGGGGAGGAGGGGGAGCUGACCCCGUCCUCCCCGGCACCCCCCCACAUCCAGGCCGAGCACAGCUACUCCCUGUGCGGCGACUCGCGCCCCCAGUCGCCUCUCUCCCACCUGCCCGGGGAGCAGGGCAGCGAAGCAGGUGAGUCUGACGGUGAGUCUGAGUGGCCCAUGGAGCACGAGGACUCCAUGGAGGGGCUGCUCUGUGACCCCCCAGCCCUGCUGCCGGCCCUCUGCCUCGCCCUGGCCCCUGAGGUCCCCCUCACCAAGGCCCCGGCCCCCACCCCGGCCCCCAAGCUCUCCGGCUCCCAGGCCCCCACGCCAGGCAGGGCCAGCAAGAUGAAGGAGGGCGGUGAGCGCCUCAUCCCUCAGAUCAAGCUGGAGCCUCAUGAGGUGGACCAGUUCCUCAACCUGUCACCCAAAGGGCUGGAGUCUCUGCAGAUGCCCCCCACCCCUCCCAGCUCCCACGGCAGUGACUCGGAGGGCAGCCAAAGCCCGGUGCACGCCCCCCCCCAGCCUCUCCUGCCCGCCUCCCCCCACAGCCCCACCCUGGGGCAGGCAGCCCUGAAGGUGGCGCCGCGGGCCCCCUCCUCGCUGUCCAACUCCCCCCUGCUCACAGCCCCCCACAAGCUCCAGGGUUCUGGUCCCCUCCUGCUGACAGAGGAGGAGCGUCGGACCCUGGUUGCCGAGGGUUACCCGGUGCCCACCAAGCUGCCCCUGACCAAGGCUGAGGAGAAGGCCCUGAAGAAGAUCCGCAGGAAGAUCAAGAACAAGAUCUCUGCCCAGGAGAGUCGCAGAAAGAAGAAGGAGUACAUGGAUGCCCUGGAGAAAAAGGUGGAGACAUGCUCCAACGAAAACAGCGAGCUGCGGCGGAAAGUGGAGAAUCUGGAAUGCACCAACAAGUCUCUGCUCCAGCAGCUGCACUCCCUCCAGACAGUUGUGGCAGGGAAGGUUCACCGCUCCUGCAGAAUGACCGGCACACAGACCUCCUCCUGCCUCAUGGUGGUGGUGCUGUGCUUUGCUGUGUUCCUGGGUAGCUUCUACCCCAGCCUCGGCCCAUGCUCUAUCACAGAGACAGGCCACUCCACAGAGCUGGACAUGCAGGACUCCUACACUGCAACAGUGAAGUCCAGGAGCUUGCUCUCCUAUGAAGAUGAGCCCCACCCCCUGGGGCUGGGCGGGGACUAUCCCGACCAAUGGGACAGGCCCGCAGUUGUCAUGGCAGCGUGGCGUUCCGAGCAGCAACAGAAAGGGGAGGAGACGCGCAUGGCGGAGGUCCGCCCCCCUUUCAACAACAUCAACGACACGCAAGCACAGAAAGCCCUUCUUCUGGACCUACAGAGGACCCUGGAACAGAGAGUCAACGACAGCACUAAAAUCAUAGAGCUGGAGAGGAUGGUCAACGAGACCUCGUGAGGUCACACUGCCCCCCCCCCCCCCCCCCCCCGUCAGCGCCCCUUGACCAUUAGACCCUCCUCUUCCCCUGACCUCCCCUCUGCAGUUGCAGGAGAGGAAAGCGCUCUGUAUUUAUAGAAAAAUCCAAAAUCCACGUAUAGUUUUCUUUUUUUUUAGAUAUAUAUAUAUAAUUGUGUUUUAUUCUAUUGCAGCAGUAGGCCACACCACAUUUUGAUACUUUAUAUAUAUAUAUAUAAUUAUUAUUUUUAGUUUGUACGUUUUUUGUGUUUUAUGUGGUCGCUCUCUUUUUUUAAAUGUAUUUGUUCAUAAUUGCUUUAUCUUUCUUUCUUAUAAGGUGUUACCCGCGUGCUCUGUUGUAUUUGAGUGAGUGGCAAACCCAUUCACAACCUAGGAUGUAUUCAUUACCCAUUACAGUUAUGUGUCCAGAUGUCACAAUGUUUGCAUUUUGUUUCCCUCACAAUAUUUUUUAAGAGCAUUCAAUUAUGUUUGGUAACAGUUAUUUCCAAGCAUCCAAUCUCCUAUGUCAGUAUAUUAAAUUUUUGUAAGAGACAAUAAAAUGUAAAAAUAAAAUGUAAAAUGUAAAAUGACUAAAUGUAAAUGUAAAAUACAGCAGGCCUUUCCCAUAUGGAUGGAUGGUUUUGCUUGGUCAUCCAGGCUUUGCAUUUGCAUUCUCAAUUGCCCAGCUGCCAUGUUGGAAGAACAGUUUCAGUUGCUGGCAGCAGGUGGUGUCACUGAGGUAGGGAAGAACCAGUAUUUGUUUAGGCAGUAAGACGAUUAUGGUCAAAUGUGGCUGUAUUCAUCCCUGCUCAAAGCCAGUAAGACCAAAUUUCCCUGUAAAACUAGUAGUUUUGAAGCCCCACACUAGUCUUCUAUGAGUCCACUCAGAGUCUCUGGUGCUACCCAGGCCAAAUGGGAUUUGUCAUUUUCAGAUUUAAUAAAAUAACUAUAGUAAAUGUAGCUUAAGCUAUUUUGUAAAAAUUGUAUAUGGGCUAUUUUUUUUUUGACUUUUUGGGCUUUUUGUCUGCGGAGACUGACUUCAGAUGUUGCAAGCAAAACAAGAAGCAAGAAAAACAAGAAGCGAACAAAAUGAUACUAUACUACAACCCACUAUCUGAUAUUAUUGAUCAAUUAUUUAAGAACUGCCUGCCAAUGAAGUGUAAACAAGUUGUUUUAGUUAUGUGUCUUAACUAAAUUUGGAUGAUUUUUUCAACUAUCCUGUCUGUGUCAGCUAGACAAUUUGCUAGCUAACUAUUGACGUAAAGAAAUUGUAGUCAGUUAUAGUAAACUGUUAAAGGUACAAUAGGUAAGAUUUUCUGUAAAAAAAGAACUUUUGUCUCCAAUUAACAUGUUUGAA